AUGUCAUUAAAUAUUUUAAUCAGUUUAAACUCAUCUCAAAUUAAACAAAGCUUUUGGUAUUGGAUCUGGACAGGCUCCUACAGCGGCUAUUCAUUACAAAGGACAAGAUACAACAAGACGAUGGCUGGGCUGAAGAAGAGACCUCUAGUUGCUCCAAAACUUGUCAAGUCAGCUCCCAUCACAAAGAGAACUGCAAAAAUUAGAAGAUCACCUUCACCAAAUCCAAUAUUGGCACCUCCACCAACUACAAAUUCUAAUAAAUCAUUGGGAUCAAGUCCUGUUAAAGACUCAACUACAAGCUUACCACCCCCAUCAUCAAUUACACCUAUGAGCACGAAAAGAAGAAGUCUACUGGCUUCAAAAUCAAAUAAUAAUCACAACUUACCUUCAUCUCCAUUAAACAAUAAGUUUGAACAAGCUCUACAGACAAGUUUAAAUUCAAUGAAUAAAGCCAAAUCUUCACCUUUGAAACCCACAGCUACAAGAUUAAACUCAUUACCUUCACCAUCUCCAGAAUUUACUAGACAAAGACAUAUAAAACCAUCAGAUAUUUCAAAAUCUUCACCAAUACGAAGUAAAAAAGUUAUGUUUACUGAAAAUUUAGUUAUGAAUGAUAGAACUAUACCCACACCAAAGAAAUCAAUUUUGAAGUCAACGUUUUUAGAUCCACCACAAAUGAAUCCUUUAGUUCCAACAAAUUCACAAUCUUCUAAUUCAAAUCAAACUUUAAUAUCAUCAAGUAAUGCAUCAAGAUUAGAAUUUUGGACUCCAGGUAAUAUUCCAAGAUUAUCAUCAUCAUCAUCAAAUACUGUAACCACAAAUGAAGAAUUGGUUUUUUUCAAAAAUAUAUUACAUGGUGGUAUAAUUGUAUUAGAUAUUCCAUCAUGUGAACGUCAAUUUGAAAUUUAUGCAACUUUAAAUCUAUUAUUAAAAGAUUUAAAUGAUAAAAAAAUAUUAAUAUUAUUAGGAAGUUUAUCUGAAUUAACAAGAUUAUUGAAAAGAGAUCUUGUCUCUAUUGAAAAUGAAAUAUUAAAUAAUGAAUCAAAUGCAUUUCUUGUGAGAACUGAUAUUCAAAUAACCAAAAUUUUAACUCAAUUAUUAUCAAAUAAUAAAAUUAUGUUAAAUUUUUGGAAAAAAUCUAAAAUUAAUUUUGAUUUAGGUAAAUGGUGUAUAAAUCAUAGUUCUUCAUUAAUUUUAAAACAAACUAUAUCAAAAUCAUUAAUAACUGCAAAUUUACAAUUAUUAAAAGAUCAUAAAUUACAUUCAUAUUUAAAUACUUCAAUUCAAGAAUUCAUAUUAUAUGCUUUAUUAAAUAUGAAACAUUUUAAUUCAUCAUCAUUAUUAGUGGAAAGAUUAUAUACUUUAAAAUCAUUAAUAAUAAAUCAUACAUUAAUGAUGGAAAAAAAUUCAAAAUCUUGGUUACCAUUUUUAUUUAAUUGUCUUUGUGAUUUUAAUUCACCAAUUUAUCAAAAACAACAACAAGUUGCAGUUCAAUGUCUUUUAGAAGCCUCAAAAUUAUAUUUAACUUCUAAAAAUGUGAAUUUUGAAAUUCAUAGAUCUUUAACUUUACCAAUUCAUAAAACUUUAAAUAUUCAACCUGAAAGUCAAAUUUCAAUAAAUUCAACUCCAUUAGAUUUACAACAAACUACAUUUACAUACAUUAUUGGAAGAUCUUUAGAAUUAUUACAAGAUCAAUCCAAAAUUGCAAUGGAUUUAUGGUUAGGUAUAACAUUAAUGUUUUAUUCAACUAAUGAAUCAUUAACAGAAUUACCAAUUGAAAUUGAUAGUCCAUGGUUUUUAAUUUUGAAAAAAGCAUUAACUUCAGAAUCUGAUGAAAUUAUUAGUAAUGGUAUUAGAGCAUAUAAAGGAUUGUUUUAUGUUCUAUAUAAAAAUGGUAAAUUUCCAGAAAACUUAGAACUAAUGUUUAAUGGAUUUAAAUUAAUUAAAAGGGAUUUUAUUGAUCAUGAAUCUUUAUCAAUUUUUGUCCUACAGAUAAUUUAUUCCUUUUUCAAUAAUACUUUUUUGAUCAAACAAUUUUUUUCACAAAUUUGGCCUUAUAUUGAUACUUUAUUAAAUGAUUUAAGUGGAAGAAAUGAAAUUUUACAAAAAUUUCCUGUUAAAGUUUUCACACAUGUUAUUUAUCAACAACAAAGACAACAAGAUCCUUUUUAUUUAGUUAAAUGUUUGGGGAAUGAUAAAUUUAAUAUUAAUGAAAUUCAACCUUUACAACCUGAUACUAUUUUGAAAAAUCAUGAAUUAAUUUGGAAAACUUUUAUCAAUUCAAUUUGGAAUUCAAAUGAAACUGUUAAAGUUAAAGUUCAAGCAUUAUUUACAUUAAUGGGCUCAAUUAAAAAUGUUUCAGUUAGAGAUAAUGAUAUUACAAUGUUGAAUAAAUUAUUUGGUGCUCUUGAACUUUAUAAAGAUUUUAUUCCAGAAUAUUUAAAAGCUAUAGAUCAAUUUUCAGAUUCUGAUAAAUCAUUAUACAUUGAAAAAUUUUUACUAAACAUCAAGAAUACUUUUGGUAAUAGAGCUUUCUUGAAAGAAUCUAACGGUAUAUUGGUUUUCAAUCAAUCUAAUGUUUAUGUCACAAUGGCAUUAAAUCAUUAUAAUAGUCCAAAGAAUAUGUUCAAUGAAUCAAUUAAAAUCAUUGUUAACGUUAUCAAAGCUCAUCAAUAUAAAUUUUAUGAAAGUUUAAUAAUGAAUCAUAAGGAUAAAUUGAUUGUUCAAUAUUUGAAUAAUUAUCUGGGUUCAAAAAUUUUUGAAAAAUUAUUACCAAGUUUUGAAAUUCAAUCAAUUGGUAAUACCAUAUCAAAUCUGGAUAAAGAUGAAAAUUUAUGGAAAAAUUAUUUAUCAUAUAUUACAAAAUGCUCUACAAUUACUCCAUUGCAAGGUAUUUCAUAUUUGAAAAUAAGUUCAUGGUCAGCUACUGAAAUUAUUAAAUUUACAAAACAUAUCCAUACUCAUCAUCAACAAUUAACCACACCAUUCACACAAUGUAUGGUGACUGAACUUCAAAGUAUGUCAUCAAUUAUUGCUAUUGAUUUUUUCAAUAAACUUUUGAUACAUGAUCAAAUGUGGAUUUUAAAUCAACUAAAAGAACAUAUUUAUUUCCAUGUUAUGGAUCCGGAUCAACAAUAUUCAGAUGAUGUUCAUUUUUAUGGUUUAGCAUUUUUUGAUAAAUAUUUACAAAAAAUUCAAAAAAAUGGUAAUGAACAAAUUGAUGGAUUUUUAGCUCAAGGUUUAGAAUUAUGUGAAGCUUUGAAAAAAAAUCAAAAAGUUUUAACUACAACACCACAAAUUUUAAAAUUAAUUCAAGGUGUUAUUAAAAAUGCUUUGAAAGAAUCUAUUAUCUUGGAAAAUUUACCAAAAGUUAAAAAAUUUGUUGAUGAUCAAAUUAUUCAACAAAGACAAAAUCUUAGUAGUCUCGUUACACAAUCACCAACUAAAGAAUCAGUUAAAGAAGUUAGCUCAUCAGAUUUAUCCGCUAAUACUAGUGAAGCUAAAGAUAUACCUAAUGUUACAGAUCAAGUUGAUUAUGAUUUAAGUGUUGAUUCAACAGAUUCUAAAGGUGCUAAAGAUGAUAUAAGAGAUGAAGAAGCUAGUGAAAUUCCAACUCAAUCAAUUGCAGAAGUAAAUGAAACUGAAGAUGAAGUUGAAAUUGAAAAAACGCAAGCUGAUAAACCUAAUAAACCUAAAGAAGAUCUACACGGGAUUCAAUCAUCAGAUGUUUCAAACAAUGACCAAACACCAGAACUUACACCUCCAGUUGAAGAGAAUGUUAAUGAUAUUGCUGAUGAAGCUGUUAUAACAGAAGAUAGUACUGUCCAAGACACUGUUGAGAUUCAACAAUCAGUUUCUCUCAACGAUAACACUGUUGAUUUUGAAAAUAAAAGUGUUGAACAAGAUUCUGGUGUUGAAGCUGAUAAUUCUAAAGUUGAAGAACAUGAUACUGUGGAAAUUGAAGACAAAGCUGAACCUACUAUAGCAGAACCUGCCAUUGAAGAACCUGUUGAAAAAGAUCAAGAGGUCACACAAGAGGCACAAUCUGAGACUAAACCUCAAGAAAGUUUGGAAAAUAGUGUACAAUCUGAUACAGUUGAAGUUGGAAAUGAAGCUGAUUCUAUGGAUAUUGAUCAACAAGCUGAUAGUUUUACUGAUGGUGCUACAUCAGAAACUGAAUCUCAAUCCAGAUUAAAUUUCAAAAUUGGUGAAUUUAGAAAAAGAGUUGAAAUUUUUAAAGAGAAGAAAAGAUUAUCCAAAAUUGUUGAAGAGUUCAAUAAAUCAGGUAUUAGACCAUCAAAUGAAUCAUCAAAUACAGUUAAUCCUGAAUUAACAAAUUCAAGUGAAUCAAUUGAUGAUAGUGAUCCAAAGAAUCGUAACAUUGAUAACAAUGGUGAUCUUAUUGCUGAAUCAACUGAUGAAAAUGUUAAAGACCUUGAAGCUAAAGAUACUCGUGAGGCUGGAUCUGAUUAUAAUGAUACUUUAAUCAUACCAGAUGAUGAACAAGACUCUCUCAAAAAUUCAAAUGAAGUGCCUGAAGAUAAAAAUGUUACUGCUAAAGAAGUUAUCAAUGAAGAACCAAAAGUAUCAUUACAAGAAUCAGAGGUGUCCCAAGACUCUAAAAAUGAUAAAGAUGAAAAUAUUGAACAACCAAUACAAGUUAUUGAUCAAGAUCCACAACGUAUUGAAAAAAGUGCUUCUGUUGAAUUGACUAAUGAAUGGGCUGAUCAUCCAUCAGAUGAACCUGAAUUUUAUGAUGCACAAACUAAUGUCAAUCCAUCUUCAUCACCAGUUCAUGAAUCCACAUCAUCAGACGCUGGUGAAAGAUUUUUCGAAAGUCAAGAAGAUAUUUCAUCACCUAAGAAAAGUAAAACUGAAGAACCUAUUGAUCAAGUUGUUGAAACUCAAGAAAUUCCAGAUUCAAAUGAGGCUUUGGUAGUACACAAACCUAAUGAAGAAGAAUCACAACCAAGUAAUGAUGUUGAAGCUACUCAAGAAACUACAGAAGAUACUGAUGUAGGCACUAUUGGCCAAGAUAAAGAUGAUGAAAAGGAGAAUGAUAUUCCAAGUGAUUCAAUGGUUUUAUAUUCAAGUCCUUUAAAACAUAUCAGAUCAAAAAAUGCACCUUUAUCGAAUAUUGAUAACCAUAACCAAGAUAUUCAAAAUACACCAACUAGAUCAUCUAGAAAGAGACAAUACCAAGGUGGAGAAGAGGAACAACCUACUGGGGCAAACCAUAAUUAUGAAUCAUCAGAUGAAGAUAGUGAUGGUGAUAUCGUUGAAAUUGAUGAUUCGGAAUUUUCAAAAAGUUUCAUUUCAUCUUCACCAAGAAAGCCAAUAUCUAAUAAAAUUGAACCAGCUCAAAAGAAACAACGUCUUGAACAUAUUAAUAGUCCUGGCCUUGAUGUUUUGACACCACCAGAUGAAAAUCCAGUUGUACAACCAAUUGAUAAGAUUAAUGAUGUUUUCAAUAGUUUCACAGAUCAUGAUAUAUCAAAUUUGAAUGAUAAAGAAGUGUAUGAAAUUGAAAAUAAGAUGCUUGCAUUUAUGAUGAGAUUAAGAAAUAGAAAAUAA